UUAAAAGACUUAGUACACGGCGAAAAAGGAAGAAAAAGCAACACAUUCACCGUGGAUUUUAAGCGGACAUAAUGGUCGUUCGGUGGCUGAAAGCAACUUAGAGGCACACUUUUGUCCGCCAAGAGCGUCAAGUGUCUGGUAAAUAUUUUUAAACCAUAUAUUUGUCGUUUUCACGAGAGCGGAUGUGUCCUUGUCAGCUAGCCGCGGAGGUGGAGCGCGAGGCGACGUCUUAUCAGAAAGCUUCCGCGACGCCAGAUAAGAAAAACUAGACCCUAAAAUGGCUUCUGUGCUGGGUUGCUUCAAUGGACCCGAAGUGUUAGAAGACGACAGUCACGCUCGUGUUUUGAUAGGAGAGUUGAAAGCGUUGUACGACAGUCGUCUCCUCUCGGACGUCACUAUCGAGGUUGACCCCGAGGGAGAGCCCCUGGAGCCCGGCGGGGGCCCCUCGGGUGAUGACCCCGUCCAGCUGUUUCACUGCAGCCGCAACGUUCUAGCCGCCGCUAGUCCUUACUUCAAGAGCAUGUUCACCGGCGGCUUGACCGAGAGCGUCCAGGAAAGGGUGGCCAUCCGCGGAGUGGACGCCGAGUCCAUGGCGGUGAUUGUGGACUACUGCUACACUGGUAAGGUGACCAUCACUGAAGGCAACGUCCAGAGACUCUACGCCGCUGCCAAUAUGCUCCAGCUGGAAUACAUCCGGAAGGCCUGCUCCGGCUUCAUGACCCGCAGGCUCGACCUGGCCAACUGCGUGGGGAUCCUGAAGUUCGCCGACACCUACGACAACCCCGAGCUGAAGGAGAGCGCUCGGGCUUUCAUCGCCCGGAACUUCGGCCAGCUGUGCAUCGCGGGGGAGCUUUGCGAGCUGGAUCUUCACCAGUUGGAGGAACUCUUAUCUCUGGACACGUUAGACGUGGCGUGCGAGCGCGAGGUUUGCUCGGCCGCCCUGCGCUGGAUCGAAGCCAACGCGCCGCCCAAGAAGGAGGACGCGCUACGGGCGUUGAGAUGCGUACGCUGGAACUUGUUCAACGAGAGGGACAAGCGUUACCUAGAAGGUCUAGCGGCGAGACCUUUCAUCGACAAGUACUUGGAGUCGUUCUUCAACAGGCCGUGCGCCGCGGCUUUGGACGUGCCCAAACACAGGAUAGGCGUAAGCGCCAAAGAGAUGAUCUUGUUCUUCGGUCUCCCGAACGACAACAUCAUGUGCUGCGACCCGUAUUCCGAGGAUCUGUACUUUAUGACGCCGCCGCUCUUGGAUUUGAGCAGCCAGGAUUACAAACGCUCCACCAUGGAGUCCCUCAUUGCUUGCUCCAGUCCGGAGAACAACCUCUACCUAGCGUCCCAUCUUUCCAAACACUUCUGGCAGUAUAAUCCUGUGCUGAACAGCUGGCAGGAACUUGCGGAGAGGCCGCUCGGGCGGAUUCACUCUGGAAUGGGCUACCUCAACGGUCACGUGUACCUCCUAGGCGGAAGAAACCCCGUGACGGACGCCCGGCUGAAAGAAGUGGAGUGCUACAGCGUCCAGAGGAACCAGUGGACCUUCGUGGCUCCGCUUCCGCACUCUUUCGGUAAGAUGCAGGUGGUGGCGUUGAACGACCACUUGUACGUGGUCAACAAGCGCCGCAUGCUGUGCUACGACCCGCGCCGGAACCGCUGGCGACACUGCGGCUCGUUGCGGCGCGACAAGCUGCACAAGGCGUGCGUGUAUCAGGACCAGAUUAUCUGUGUGUGUGACAUUCCCGUGGUGAAGGCUUAUAGCCCCGCGCGGGGAGAGUGGCGGCGGCUGGCCGACAUCCCUAUCGACAGCCGCGCCCUUAACUACCAGGUGAUCCAGCACGGCGGGAAACUGAUGCUCCUCACGCAGACGCUGCUGCAGCACAAUAAGAACCGCGUGCUCAUGCACGAGUACGAGCCGGCGAGAGAAAGCUGGAAGAGCGUCAUGGCGGUCUACGUGUCCACGCUGGGGCCCGUGUGCGUUUCCACGCGCGUGUACCCGGCGUGCCUAGGCUCGGCGCAUAGCUUCUCCACCGAAGAGGACGACGAUAGCGGAUCCAGCGCAGACUGGGACCUGGACGGGUUGACGGACGCGGAUUCUGACUCUGCUAGCUCCAGCUCCUUUUCGGAUGAGAACUGGUAGUCUGACGCACGCCAGCCAAAUUUAGUAUCUGUAUCGCUGGAGUUCAAUCCCUAGUUUUCUUCCAAGGGUACCUAAAUAUACCAUACUUUCCGUAGACCUGUCCAAUCGGGGUGUGACAGUUUAUUCACCCUAAAUCAAUAAAACUAAAUGCAUACAUUUUCAAAAUAAACCAUUACAGCGCCACUCUAAUUAAAAGAAUCCUCGAAGCAGAAAAUUUUAGAGAGACAUCGAGAACCAAAAUUAGUAUCUGCCAUGUGGCAUUUUUUGCCAUGUGUCAAAAUGAUUUUGCGAUGUGGCAAAAUGUAUUUUGCCAUGUGCCAUUUUUUUGC